GCAUCAAUGAAUCAUUUGUUGAAGUAAUUUUCGAUUUGCGAUAAUUACGAUUAUAAUUUACACGUUCGUCGCUAGUCUCAGUCACUCGUUGAGGCGGUGAAGGGUAUUAAAGCCAACAAAAGCUUUUAUACUUGUAUAUCACCCCAUGGUACGGCAGUGUGGCAUUGAACUUCGAGCCGAAUGGUACUGUGCUGAGAGCACUGAUUGAGAGAGGACGUUGAAAAAGUAGUCUUCACUGUCACCAUUCUGUUACCUUAUUGAGGAAAGCGUCUGAAAUUGAAAAAGAAGCUGCGUAGUCGAAUUAUCUUAGAAUCUACACAGUAUUGUCGUAAACAAUGUGCAAUUCGGCGCGCCUCAAGGAGAAUAAGCCGCAGAACCAGCGACGAACGACGUUCAAGAAGUUUGCACUGGAUCUGCUGUGGUUUGUGAUUGUACAAAUACACGUCUUAUUGGACUUGGUCAUAGAUUUUUGUUUCAAGUUGUACUAUCAGAACAAAAUACAAAAGGUGCCUCCUAUAAAGAAUGAUCUACUACAAGAUAGUGCCGUAACAUUAGCCAAAAAAAUCAGAAAUAAACAGGUAUCUGCUGAAGAGGUGGUCCAAGUUUUUGUCGAAAGAUGCAAAGAAGUCAAUGGAAUGCUUAACAUGAUAGUGGAGGAAUGUUACGACCAGGCAAUUCAAGAAGCUAAGAAAGUUGAUAAGUUUUUAAAGGAUCAUGAAGACCCAGCAUCAUUAGAAAAAUCAAAACCCUUCCUUGGAGUUCCUUUUACCACAAAAGAUAGCAACAGAGCUAAAGGUCUUCUCCACACGGUGGGAUCUGUACAUCGUAAAGAUUAUCGCUCCGAAGAGGAUGCAACAGUCAUUGGAUACUUAAAAGCGGCAGGGGGCAUAUUAUUAGGUUCAACAAAUGUUCCUGAGAUGAACUUGUGGACAGAGUCUCGGAACAAUGUCUAUGGACAGACAAACAAUCCCUACGACACAACAAGAACUGUUGGUGGCAGCAGUGGUGGAGAUGCUGCAGCUGUUGCAUCCUGUGCAGUGCCAAUGACCGUCUCUAGUGAUAUCGGAGGUUCCAUCAGGAUGCCAGCAUUCUUCAAUGGCGUCUUUGGUUACAAACCAUCUCAAGGUAUAACUUCAAUUAAAGGUGUGGGGAUGAGGGAAAACGAUUUCGAAAAUUCUAUGGCAGCAGUUGGACCGAUUUGUAAAAAGGCUGAAGACUUGGCGCCGCUUCUGAAAGUUCUUGCUGGCAACAAAGUCCAUAAACUCAAACUCGAUGAGCCUGUUAAUCUGAAGACACUUAACAUUUUUUACCAAGAAGAAUCUGGAGAUAUUAGAACUAGCAAAAUCAAUGGAGAACUUCGAGAGGCCCUUAGAAAAGUUGUGGCACAUUUUCAGAACAUUACUGGAUCUGCUACCAAGGUAAAACUUCCUGGAACAGAAUCGAGCUUCAGACUAUGGAGAUACUGGAUGACGAAGGAGGAAGGAGAAUUUAGGUACAACCUAACAAACAGACAAUAUCGUACAUCUGCAAAGGCAGAAAUCAUCAAUCUCUUUACAUUCAGAAGCCAGGUGACUGCAGCUGCGAUAUUGAAAUUAAUUGAUGAGGAUUAUUUUCCAAAGGAAAAUAGCCAGUGGGCUGAGGAGACUACUGAAAAUUUAAAGAAGCAGUUGCUGAUGAAGCUCGGAGAUAACGGAGUGCUUUUUUAUCCUUCUUCGCCAUUUCCGGCGGGCUAUCAUUACUCUGCGUAUCUAAGACCGUACAAUUUCGGAUAUUGGUGCAUAUUUAAUGCACUAAAUCUUCCGACUUGUCAGGUACCGCUUGGGUUGGAUAAAAAUGGUCUACCUAUAGGAAUUCAGGUCGUAGCUGCCCCGUAUCAAGAUCACCUGUGUCUAGCAGUUGCGAAAGAGUUAGAGUCUGCUUUUGGAGGAUGGGUCAACCCUUCUUAGCUCAAAAAACAAAAUACAUGGUCCAAGUAAUGAAUGUUUUACAAGGUUUGUAGCAGCACAUUCACAAAACUGUUAUCCAUGGUUAUUUUAAGACUCCUAGCUUAGAAAAAUUAAUUUUGUGAAAUUCAUCUUCUGAGGAUGUGACAGGGGAGUUGAUGGCAUUUAUGGUAGUCGUUGAGCAUUCUCAUGAAAAUUUCAUUCCUAUUUUAUACUUGUGAUGUAUUACGGGUCGUGGGAACACUAUUAUUCGCAGAUGAGCCAAACCACGGCUGUUACUUAUUUAAAGUUACUUAUACUCUUGGUAAUAAAAGUUGGUUUUAAAAGGU